CCCCGGGUGCCACUCUCAAGUUCAACACCACUGUAUCGCUCGACUGGUGGUACAACAUCACUGUUAUUGCUGCCGACUUCUCUCGUUAAGUCCCUGUACUCUAAGUCUACCAUUGCAGAUGGCUGGCGCUUUCCGACAAUUGUUGUUGUCAGUCAACCGCAUCUGACACUUGGGUUGGAGGACUGGCAUUGUCUAGUCUUGCGUGGAGUCAGAACGGCUUGCUACCAUAUUCUCGUCAAGAUUUUCCGCAGAAAAAAGUGGCAAGGUCUGGCACGAAAACCCUGUGGUAGGAAUGAGAAGCCUAUCGUCCAAAUCCCUGCAAAAGGAACGAACGAAUGGCAGGGUUUGUUAGAGUAGCGGGAAGAAGUGUGACUAGGAAGAGGGGAAGGGAACAGAGCUUAUCUUUGACUUUUCAGAACUCUGAUCUUCACCAGUACCUCUAGCCAACUCUGAAAUCCAGGGUGCCCUGGACCUGGAACUCUGAUUUGCCAGGGUUUUGUGCCUUGUCAGAAAAAAAAACCCUCGGUGGCUGUGGUUUUGGAGCGGCAAAUGGCGGCACUUCGAAUUGACGAAGGCGAACCGGGGGAGGAAGGAGUGCAGAAAUUCUUCGACUUUGCUCAAUUAUUUCCUUGCCCUUUAAACAAAACCUGUGAUAGUCCUUCUCCCUCUUCCCCUUCCAAGGCUGUUGAGAUCCCUCCUCAAAUUCAACAGGUAUUAGAUGACUUUACAGACAUAUUCCCCUCAGACCUUCCCUCUGGUCUUCCUCCCAAGAGAGCCACCGAUCACAGCAUCACUCUACUCCCAAGCUCCAAACCUACCGUCCGUGCUACCUACCGGAUGAGUGCUGCCGAGCUGCAAGAAGUCCAGAAGCAGUUGGAAGAGCUUCUUGCGAAAGGCUUCAUCCGAGUCAGCUCCUCUCCCUAUGCAGCACCGAUUCUCUUCGUGAAGAAAAAGGAUGGCAGCAUGCGGAUGUGCAUCGACUAUCGUGCACUCAACAAGAUUACCAUCAAGAACCGCUACCCCAGGCCACGUGUGGAAGAACUCUUUAAUCAACUCGGCGAAGCCACAAUUUUCAGCGAGCUGGAUCUCGGAAGCGGAUAUCAUCAACGAUGGUGAUGCUCUUUUAGCUGCUGGUGG